GGGAUGCAGAACGAACUGGACCAGCAAAUGGCCAGCCACCCAUGCUAACGUGGAGACCACAACAAGAACAGCACGAGAACAUCAAGAGACGGGUUCGCAAGCCGGACGUCCUAAUACCUAAUGGAGGGCGACAUGGACGGGAGCUUCGAUUUCUUCGAGGACGUAGUGUUCGAUGUUGCCGUUCUCGACAGUAUGUACCUGCCGGCCGAGGACUCCCUCCAGUCCGCUCUCAACUCCUGGUACGACGACUCGAGCUCGCCGGAGGGCGCCAACCCGUGCUUGACGAGGGCGGCCAAAAACAUCGUCCUCGAGAGGGACCGCCGCAAGAAGCUCAACGAGAGGCUCUGCUCCCUCCGCGGCGUAGUCCCCAACAUCACCAAGAUGGACAAGGCCUCCAUCAUCCAGGACGCCAUCGCGUACAUCCAGGAGCUGCAGGAGCAGGAGCGGCACAUGCUCGCCCAGAUAUCCGACCUUGUCAUCAAGGCGGAGGAGGACGCUGAGGGUUCCCCGCCGUGGAAGAAGAUGAGGAGGGCAGCCUCCUCCAUCGACGGCGCUGUCUUUUCCCUUGCCACUGAUCAGCGUGUCGAAAUCCUCGAGAUGGAGCUGACUGAGGUAGGUGAGAACCUAGCGAUGAUGAGUGUGAAGCAUAACAAGAUGAGGGAUGCUACAGCGACGGUGUGCAGGGCGCUCGAGUCGCUAUGUCUCGAGGUCAUCACAGCAAACAUCACCACAAUUGCUGGUGGCAUCAUCCACACAAUGUUCAUCGAGAUGAAGGAAUGGGAAGGAGAGAAAAAUCGCAUUUUUCAUGAAAUGGGCUUCAGUUCCGAGACUUCUCUUAUGCAAGAUGAUAAGGUGUAGAGGUUGGUGCACCUACAGAUUCAAUAGAUGGGCACUGUUAUGCCACACUGGAAUAAGGUGUGGAUCUGGUAUGGCUUUUGUACAAACUUUUGUACCUGACGAUUGUCAAGCCACGAGAAGAAAGUUGUUGAUUGGUAUAAUACUUUCUAUAUAAGUUGAAGAACGUUAGGUGAUGAGGUGAUCAGCAUCACCUAACUACCUCUAGCUCGUUUAUGAUUUGUACCCUUCUAUCAUGGAACUGUAAUGUGGAGCCAUCGAAUCAUUCAUAUAUUUCUGUCUAUGGAAAUUGCAACUAAAACUAAUUUUACA